AUGGAUAUGGGUUCAAGCUCUUCAUCGUCUUCCGGGGCAUCAUGCAAAAUUUCUAUGCUGUGGAACUGGUAUACCGUGGAUGCUUGUUUCCUUUCGAAACAGUGGCACAUCAGGACUGUUGGUGCCUACGUUGGCAGUCUUAUCGCCAUCUUCACUUGGGUCGUUGUCCUUGAAGCCUUCCGCCGUCUCUCCAGGGAGUACGAUCGUAGGAUCAUGAUGGAAUGGAAUAGCUCUCGAGCUGAUGUUGAAACGAACACACACGACAGUGUUAAAGGAUUGAAGGGACUCGGUGGUAUCACGCGCUUUGGCAAUAGUAAUGGAGAAUUCCAACCAACUCACACCCAACAACUGAUUCGCAGUAUCUUCCACACGGUUCAAUUUGGCGCUGGAUAUCUGCUCAUGUUAUUGGCUAUGUACUACAACGGUGGUAUUAUCUUCGUUAUAUUUGUCUCUACAUUCGUAGGAUAUUUCAUCUCUGGUCGUGAUAUGGGUGCUGGAGGCUCUCAAAGUGAAGGGGGCAAGGAAUGUUGCUAG